CCGUGGAACUCGGCAGUAGCGCCCGGCCGCGGGCGGAGACAGUCGGCUCCCUCCCCGCGCGUCCCGCUGCGCCCCGACGCUCCGCGCCCCCGACCUGCGCCGGCAUGACGGGCUCGCUGUUUAAGGGCAACUUCUGGAGCACUGAUAUCCUCAGCACCAUUGGCUACGAUACCAUCAUCCAUCAUCUGAACAAUGGCCGCAAGAACUGCAAAGAGUUUGAGGACUUUUUAAAAGAAAGGGCAUCGAUUGAAGAGAAAUAUGGCAAGGAUCUGCUCAACCUAUCUAGGAAGAAGCCAUGUGGACAGUCAGAGAUCAACACCCUGAAGAUGGCCCUUGAAGUCUUCAAGCAACAAGUAGACAAUGUGGCUCAGUGUCACAUUCAGCUUGCACAGACUCUAAGAGAAGAAGCCAGGAAAAUGGAAGAAUUCAGGGAAAAACAGAAGCUACAACGGAAAAAGACAGAGCUUAUAAUGGAUGCUGCCCAUAAACAAAGGAACUUACAAUUCAAGAAAACCAUGGAUGCAAAGAAGACCUACGAGCAGAAAUGUCGGGACAAAGAUGACGCUGAGCAAGCUGUCCACCGGAGUGCCAACGCAGUAAACACGAAGCAACAAGAAAAGGCCUUUUCUUGCAUUGCAGACAAAGUGUACAUGCAGCACAUCAACGCACUGGACAGGAUCCGAGAAGAGUGGCAGAGCGAGCACGUGAAGGCCUGCGAGGUGUUUGAAACUCAAGAAUGUGAACGAAUAAACUUCUUGCGGAAUGCACUGUGGGUACAUUUGAAUCAGCUGUCACAACAGUGUGUCACAAGUGAUGAGAUGUAUGAACAAGUCCGUAAGAGUUUAGAAAUGUGCAGCAUUGAGAAAGACAUCGAGUACUUUGUAAAUCAACGAAAAACUGGCCAGAGUCCACCAGCACCCAUUCUGUAUGAGAAUUUCUACUGCCCCAACCGGAAACCAGCCGCACCAGGAAAGCCUACAGGAACUAAUUUGCCAAGGAGAGGACCUCUCCCAGUUCCUAAAAGUUUACCAGAUGAUCCUGAUUAUUCUUUGGUUUCUGACUACAGUUUGCUCUAUCAGUAAUACCAGAGGUAAGAACCUUUA